AAUCGUGAAUAGAGAUUGGGCACAUGGAGGCCUGCUUUCCAUCAGAGCGACGCUUCAGCUAGAGAAUAUCUUUAAGGUAAGUGCAUCUUUACUGAUAUUAUUUUCCCUUUUUCUGGAUAGUUUAUACCAAGUUGGUCAUAGAGUUUCGAAUUCCCAGCUAAAACAAGCUCGAAACCGUACUUAAUUUAAUACCGUAGAUUUAAUCACCGUUCUUUACUUUUCGCAUAGUUGCUUUUUUUUUUCUACGAUAAUUUUUUUUUUUUGCUGUUAUCCCUUCGUUUUUUCUUUUCUCAUAUUUUAGGCUGGAUAGAUAGAAAGGAAGAAGAAUUGAAAAAAAUUAAAACCAGCAUGGACAGUACAGCGGAGGUAUGCAUUUUUGAAAUUAAAUUUUUUUUGCAUCUGUCAGUGUUUUUUUGCGGUACAAAAAUAGCGACCAGUAGUGACACUUAAUAACGGUCUUUUUUUAAUAGCGGGUUAUUUAAAUUAGCUAAUUGAACAAACUGACUAAAAAAAGAUGAAUUUCGUAAUUGCCUUUGGGAGGGUGUUUAUUCAGCACCGCAUAAAAAAUGACAUUUAGCAAAAAAAAUUUAUGUACUACCCAAUUUAAUUAAAGAGUUUUGUAUGUAAUGUCAUUGCGAUUUAAAAAGAAUGAGAUGAUUUUUAUUUGACUAGUUUUGUGCUAUGAAUGCCUGAUAUAAACGUCGCUAGCAAUUCCAUAAAUUGUGAAUAAUUUGUAAGCGGACGAUAAAAUGCAAAAAAUAUAGCAUCUCAUUCAAUAGGAACGCAAGAGAAUGACGGGGGGUAUGGAUACCAUGGCAGGAGACUUUGGUAUCACCGUCAAUGAACUUACCCAACUGAUGGAAUUGAAGGGGGAUUCGAAUGUUAUUGAUAAAGUUGGAGAGGCUGGUGGCGUUAUUCAAUUGUGCAAAAAACUGAGAACUUCCCCAACUGAAGGUAUAUCUGCAUCAGCGGAGGAUUUGCGAGCAAGACGAGCAACUUUUGGCUCCAAUGUUAUUCCCCCAAAACCGCCCAAAACUUUUUUACAAUUAGUAUGGGAAGCUUUGCAGGAUGUUACUCUUAUAAUUUUAAUCGUUGCGGCGGUUAUAUCUCUUGGGCUGAGUUUUUAUCGGCCACCUGCAGAAAUUGGAGAAGAAGGUAGUAGGAAGAAAGAAAAACACGAUUCUCAUGCAGAAUGGAUAGAAGGAGCAGCUAUUUUAAUUGCCGUGAUAGUUGUUGUAAUUGUAACUGCAGUAAACGACUGGCAAAAGGAGAAGCAAUUCCGAGGAUUGCAAAGCAAAAUCGAGCAUGAGCACAAAUUUGCUGUAAUAAGGAAUGGUGAAAACCUUCAAAUUCCAGUGUCGGAUAUUGUGGUCGGAGAAAUUGUUCAGGUGAAAUACGGAGAUUUAUUACCUGCCGAUGGUAUAGUCAUCCAGUCGAACGAUUUGAAAAUGGACGAAUCGUCUCUAACUGGAGAAACCCACCAGGUUACGAAAGGUGUUGACAAAGAUCCAAUGCUGUAUUCUGGAACGCACGUUAUGGAAGGUUCUGGUAAGAUAGUGGUAACAGCUGUCGGCGUGUAUUCGCAAGCUGGCCAGAUUUUCACUUUACUUGGCGCCGUUCAAGAGGAAGAGGCAAAGAAGAAAACAGAGAAAGGUGCUGAUCAGGCAAAUGGGCCAGCUGCUCAGGGAACAUCGGAUGAGAAACAAAAAGAAGAACAACCACCAGCGGCUGCUCAAUCUGGCCGAAGAGAGAAAUCCGUACUUCAAGCAAAACUUACUCGAUUGGCCAUUCAAAUUGGCUAUGCUGGUACUGCUAUCGCUGUCGUAACCGUUAUCGUUCUAAUAGUGAAGUUUUGCAUUAAAACCUAUGUGAUGAGGAAUGAUCCAUGGAAUAAUGCACAUUUUAAACAUUUUAUCAAAUACUUCAUCCUAGGAGUAACUGUUCUUGUGGUCGCCGUUCCUGAGGGUUUACCGCUCGCCGUCACUUUGGCCUUAGCUUAUUCUGUAAGGAAAAUGAUGGACGACAAUAAUUUAGUUAGACAUUUGGACGCUUGCGAAACUAUGGGCAAUGCCACUGCCAUUUGCUCGGAUAAAACAGGAACAUUGACCACAAACCGGAUGACUGUAGUUCAAAGUUUUGUAGCUGGCAUACAUCAUAAAAAUCAACCAAAAAUGGACGCUCUCCCACCUCCCAUACCUGAAAUUAUGCCCAGAGCUAUUUCUGUAAAUUGUGGCUAUACUUCUAAAGUUCUUCAGCCUGAAAAUCCCGGCGAACUUCCAAAACAAUUGGGUAAUAAAACUGAAUGCGCUCUCCUUGGAUAUGUCAACAGUUUAGGCGGCCCAACUUAUGAUGAAGUCAGAACAGAAUACCCCGAAGAAAAAUUGUAUAAAGUCUACACAUUUAACAGCGUAAGAAAAUCAAUGUCUACGGUUGUUAAAUUGGACAAUGGUGGCUACCGCGUAUUUUCGAAAGGAGCUAGCGAAAUUAUUUUGAAAAGAUGCACCUGGAUUAUAGGAGAAGGUGGAAAAAUAAAACCGUUUUCAUCAAAAGAUCAAGAACAUAUGGUGAAAAAUAUUAUUGAACCCAUGGCUUGCGAUGGAUUAAGAACAAUAUGCGUUGCUUACAAGGACUUCGUGCCUCGUGAUGCUGAAAUGCAAAGCAAUGAUGCUAGAAUGCCAUCGGAUGGUACAGAUCCAGAUUGGGAGGCUGAAGAUACGAAGAUUGUAACGGAAUUGACUUGCAUUUGCAUUGUCGGCAUAGAAGACCCUGUUCGGCCUGAAGUACCUGAGGCUAUUCGAAAAUGCCAACGUUCUGGAAUUUGCGUUAGAAUGGUUACUGGUGAUAACGUUAAUACGGCCCGCUCCAUUGCUAUUAAAUGUGGAAUAAUUAAACCAGGCGACCAAUUUCUAGUACUCGAAGGAAAGGAAUUUAAUACUAGGGUACGUGACGAAAACGGUAACGUCCGUCAAGAAUUAAUUGAUAAAAUAUGGCCUGAUUUGAGGGUUUUAGCUAGAUCAUCACCGACUGAUAAACAUACUCUUGUUCAAGGUAUAAUAGAAUCUAAAGUUACUGAAAAUAGAGAAGUAGUUGCUGUAACUGGAGAUGGUACUAAUGAUGGUCCAGCUUUGAAAAAAGCUGAUGUCGGAUUUGCUAUGGGUAUUGCUGGAACAGACGUUGCUAAAGAGGCAUCGGAUAUUAUUCUUACUGAUGAUAAUUUUACGUCAAUUGUCAAGGCAGUUAUGUGGGGAAGGAAUGUUUACGAUUCUAUUUCGAAAUUUUUGCAAUUUCAGUUAACGGUCAAUGUUGUCGCGGUUAUCGUAGCCUUUUUGGGAGCGUGUAUAAUAAGCGAUUCGCCACUCAAGGCUAUACAAAUGUUGUGGGUGAACCUGAUUAUGGACACUCUAGCCUCGUUGGCCCUUGCUACGGAAAUGCCUACGGAAGAACUGCUCGAAAGGAAACCAUAUGGCCGAACUAAACCGCUCGUCUCAGUUACAAUGACGAAAAACAUUCUCGGUCAUGCUAUUUACCAAAUUACAGUCAUUCUGAUCCUGUUAUUCGUGGGUGAUAGACUAUUCGAUAUAGAUUCCGGUAGGGAACAAAACAGCGGACCGCCUACGCAGCAUUUUACCAUCAUAUUUAAUACUUUCGUCAUGAUGACAUUGUUCAAUGAAAUCAACGCCCGCAAGAUUCAUAAUCAACGUAACAUUUUUAAGGGUCUGUUUAGUAAUCCGAUCUUCGUUUCGAUCUGGAUAACUACAAUGAUUGCCCAGACAAUAAUUAUACAAUUUGGUGAUGUCGCUAUGUCGACUGCUGCACUAACGCCCGAUCAAUGGUUGUGGUGCGUUUUCUUGGGCGUCGGCGGCCUCUUAUGGGGUCAGCUAGUUACUACCGUGCCGUCUACGGUGAUACCCACUGGACUAUUUACCUGGGGUGAAGGCAGAAAUACGAACGCCCAAGGCAUGGAUGGAGGAGCAGGCGUUGACAUGUAUGAUAUGGAUGAUGAUGGAAAACGAGGCCAGAUUCUAUGGUUGCGUGGCCUUACCAGAUUACAACAUCAGAACCAGUCGCAAUAUGUAGAAUUGCACUGA